ACUUUUGCCGGGAGGUCGGCCGGGUCCCAGGUUCUUCCGCGUCCUGGCUCCGCCCCUGCGUGCUGCCAGAAUCGGAGGUUGGGUCGGAGACUUUCUCCUUUUUCCGCCUCCCAGAAUCCCCUCUACUCCGUGCCCUCCGUACCCCUAGGGGCAGUGGGGCGUCCGGGCUGUCCCGCUCGCCCCAGGGGAGCGCAGCUGGAGGCCAGAUGUGCCGGGGGGAGGGGCCGGAGAGGAAGACUGGACGGGCCCUGGGGCGGGGCGCGCCAAGAAAGUGAAACCGGACGGGGCGGUGAGGGAGGAGGCGCUGACGUCCGCGAGAUGGGGAAGUAGUCGGAUCCCGAGCCCGUACCCGCCAUGGCUCGCCAGGACCCCAGCCCCAGCCGCGCCGUAACGGCCCGAGCCUCGGCCUCGGCCUCGGGCCCCGAGUUGCACGACGUGCCCCUGGUGGCGCUCAACUUUUCGGUGCGCGGGCGCCUGGCGCUCUACCUGAACCCUCCCACCCAGGUGGCGGCCUACUGGCCCGCGCUGGCAGAGGAGCUGGGCUUCCAGUACUUGGAGAUCGUCAACUUGCAGGCGGAGCGCGACCCCACCGGCCGCCUUCUGGAAGCCUGGCAGCGGCGCGAGCACGCCACAGUGGGCCGCUUACUUCAGCUGCUGGCCAAGCUCGAGCGCUUCGAUGUGCUCAACGACCUGCGGCCCAGCAUCGAUGAGGACUGUCAGAAAUACCUGAAGAAGAAGGAGCAGGAGGAAGCAGAGAAGCCCUUGCAGGUGCCCAAUGUGGACAGCAGCAUAGCUCAAACAGCUGAGCUGGCGGGCAUCACCACUCUGGAUGACCCAUUGGGACAAAUGCCAGAAAUCUUCGAUGCCUUCAUCUGCUACUGCCCCAGCGACAUCCAGUUUGUCCAGGAGAUGAUUCAGCACCUGGAACAGUCAGACUGCCGCCUGAAGCUGUGCGUGUUUGAUCGGGACGUCCUGCCUGGCACCUGCGUUUGGUCUAUCACCAGCGAGCUGAUUGAGAAGAGGUGUCGCAGGAUGGUCGUUGUAGUUUCAGAUGAAUAUCUGCAGAGCAAUGAAUGUGACUUCCAGACCAAGUUUGCCCUUAGCCUGGGUCCAGGGACUCGCCAGAAGCGUCUGAUUCCUGUCAAGUACAAGGAGAUGAAGAAGGAAUUCCCCAGCAUCCUGCGUUUUAUCACCAUCUGUGACUACACCAACCCUUGCACCAAGAGCUGGUUUUGGCCACGGCUCGCCAAAGCUCUUUCCCUGCCCUGAAGCGCCCUGCAGUGUGAGGUCACCCACAGUUUCACUCUUGGAUGAGGGCCUCCAAAGACUGCCUGACCCUUCAGGGGUUGCGGCAAAGCCUUGCUUCUGUCUGGCCAAAGCUACGCCCACAGACGCAGCCGAAGUCUGUAUCGCAUGUUGUCUCCUGUCUGCAGCUAUGUUGAGUUUCGUACGUGGGAUACUCUAAAUCCAUCGUAUGACCAUAAGUGAACCGUAGGGAGAUGCCCGAGGCAGCGAGUGGCUAGAGGAUUUGCUCCAGGUCACACAACUAGUAAGUGUUAGAGGCCGGUUUUGAACCCAGGUCAUCGUGGCUUCAAGCCUUGAGCUUUAUCCACUACGUCAUGAUGCCUACUGGUUGAGUAGCCCUUAAAAAAAGGAAAAAAAAAAGAGAGAGUUUGACUGGCUUGUUUUGAAAGAACAAGUCUUGGAGAUACCUUGUGUGGAAAGCUACGGAAACAAGGAUCACUGUUUCCGUUUCUAAAUGCCUACGAAUCACCUCUUUAAUAAUCCCUUCGAGAACUUUACAGGGAAUUGAGAUUGAGUUCCCCAAUCCAGAGUUUGAAGCAUCCACCUUCUUCCCCUUUUCUGAAAAUCAGGACAACAUCUGCCUAUCUCCAGGCGGGCCUCACCUCUCAUUUCCCAUGAUUCCUCAAAUGGAUUGCAGUCACAUCCACCAGUUGUCUUGGCGUACAGUUCGUCUGGGGCCGGGUGGCCUUGAAUUCUUUAGGGGCAGUUGUGUGCUCCUUUAUUAUGUUUUCAUUUUCCUUGGGAUUUGAUGAAUCAUUUCCUUCAUUCAUAGUGUGGAUAUCAUUCUCUCCAGUAGAGAAACCAGAAGCAGAUGACUAGUACUGGCCAAAUGUAAGAGACUAGUGCAUCCAGAAUACCUCUUGGAUAUGCCACCUUCCCUCACAGUCCCCACCCUCUGCCCCAGAGAGGGAAGGUCGAUGUAGGUUCCCCACGGAAUUAGCCUGACUGUUGUUGGUGGUGCCAAGCUCAAGGGACAGCCACUAAUAGCUAGAAAAGGAGGACAGCUGCUUACUCAGUAAAUACCCCUUUAUACUAUGGAGCCCCAAGUAGGAAUUUUUGCACCUGAGGGACCCACCGGCAAUCACCCCUGAAAAGUAUGAAUAUAAGGUACUUGCUUGCAGUUAGAGAUGGGCAGGACAUGGCCCCAUGGCAGUGGGGAGAUUAAGACCCCAUGACACUGGUAGAUUUGUUGUUGGAGGGGUGCUAGGGAGUAGGAAGUAGCAGGGUAUCAAAGAGAAGUAGCUCUUUCCAGAUAGCUUCCUAACUAGGUUCUAAGCUCUGCUGUUUACAGCGGUGAAAGGACUUCAAGUCCUGAUUGGGUGCCCUCUAAGUUCAGCAUCCUGGGACAAAGCUCUGAUCUCCUCCCCCCUAGUUCUGCUCUUUAGGUUCAGUGUGUGGCAUCUCAGUGUCCAUGAUGCUGGGGUCCUUCAUGGCAACCCCUUAUGUGAAUAUUUCACUGCUGUAUUGUUACUACCAACCAUCCUAUCCCAGAAGUAAGAUACUUAUUUCUCCCUCUAAGAGUAAGGCGACUCUGAUGAUUGUUUCCAAUUCAAAGGAGCAUAUUCCUUGCUGCUAGAACAAACCUGAACUCAGCACUGGGGCAACUAGGCUCUUCUCUUUGGCUACUCCAUUAAGAGGUGGCAGGACAAGUGGCAAGGAAUGGGCCCAGAGCAGGAGGCACAAAAUGUGUCCUCAAAAGCCAUCGGGAAGCCUAGGAGAGAUGAGAAUCAGCUGGGCCAGUGGGUUGAGCCAAGAGCAUAUCUGGGACAUGGUGGCUGCAAGGGGAAAGGAAACUUCUUUUGAAAUUAAUUAUUAUUUCUAGCUAAUCUCACUUGUGUCUAUACUGCUGAACUGAAAAUGUUCAGAUUUUAUCACCAUGGGAAAAAAGCUCUAGUUGCCUCACCUUAGUUGUGGCUCUGGUGGAAGGUUUGUUGGGGACAAAUGGGGGACCACAUUGAGAACAUUUUGAAAGUUGUUAGGAGAAAAAGGAGAAGUCAUAUUAUCAGCAGCACUUCCUCUGAAACACUGUAUUUAAGCUUUUGACCUCUGCCUUCUGAGAGUUGCUUCACAGCUCACCAAAGUCAGCAGAUUCUGGCUCUACCCUAGCUGGGGAGCUCCAAAGCUGGCUAUACUGGUUUUUCUGAAUUAAAGAGGAUUCCAUAAGGAAUGGAAAGAGCCUGAGACUAGAAGUCAGAGCCCAGUGGCCCUGCCUGGGCUUUAUAGACAGCAAGCAUUUAUUAGGCACCAACCAUGUGCCAGGCACUGUGCUAAGACCUGGGAGAUGACUACAAGCAAAAAGAAAGACCAUUCCCUGCUCUCAAGGAGCUUGUAUCCUAAUGGAGGAGUCAGCUCAUCAAAGGGGACUGUAAGGUGUCAGGGCUACCCAUAUAGGGGAAUGGGGGCAAAGUUAAGAGAGUCAAGAAGUACAGCUCAAGGGUAAUGACGCAAGACCAUCUUUGGUCUACUCUCAAAAUGUAGUUCCUGAAAGGAACUUGCCAAUGGGCAAAAGAGACCUUUGUGGUAAAGGGAUAUUGCAUUGGGAGAAGGCCCUAGGCACUGAGGGAAGUUCUAGGGCAAGGCAGAACCUGAGGUAUGGUGGCAAAGCCCUUAUAUAAGAAGCAGAGUUCUUUAGGCCUUCAUCCCCAAAAUGGAGAUCCCAAAAGGAACUCGCCAAUGGGGAAAGAUGGCUGACAUGGAAGAGAGAGAUUGCAGGUUGAGAAACCCCCAGGCAAAGUGAGGGAGGUUCCAGGAUGCGAGGGCAGCUGAGCCAGGGUGACUGACCAUGUAACUGUGAACAAUUUGCUCCCCUCUCUGGGCCUCAGUUUCUUCGUUUGUAAAAUGACAUAGCUUGUGUUGGCCAGUUGACUUCUAAUCUUUUUUUUUUUUUAGAAUACUUACAAAUUGGAGACUGUGAUCCCAAAGCAGAAGGACACUGGUAUGAGAAUUGGCAUGCCUACAGGUUAACUAGCCUGGGCUCUCACCUUUUUUAAAAAAGGUACUUUUCCCUCUGCUUUUGUUUUCUGUAUCACAGUCAUUUCGGGACAGAUUCUCCUUUCCUUUGCUUCCUCACUGCAAAUGGAAAACUCUGUUACCAGAAAACCAGUUAAGUAAAACUAUGGACCACAUCUGACAAGGUAUACAACAUUCUGCCCCAGCAGUCUCUCACCUAUUCAGAGAAGGGAGGUCUGUGUUCCUAGGUUUGGCCUCUUUAGAAAUCCGUUCUUUUCUGUUCUUGUGAUCCCUUUUACUACUUAGAAAGAUACCAGUAGAUUGAGUAAAUGCUGGAAUUGGAAAGAAAUCUAGUGGUUGUCCAAUCCAGCCUCUCUCUAAGGAAAAAGAGGAAGAAUUGGGCCCUGGAGAGUUGACGUUCCCAAGAAUUCCUCACCAAGCCUUGGGGGAGCUUCACUUUGGCCUUUGUGGCCCCAUGGCUGCUAUAGCCCUUGGCAUGUAGUAGGCACUUAAUACUGCAGGUAGCAGCAAGAGGCGGGCAGGGAGGGCACGGUUACACUUAUUUUAUGAAAUGGGAAUCUGAGGUCAAUGGGAAGACUAGGUUUCGCCUAGAAACUGAUACUGGAUGUAUUAGAUGCUUAAAAAAUUUAAGCUGUACAUUAUGGCUAUUUGGGCCUUCAUGUACCACCUUCUUUUCCUACUCUUUGUCUAUGGAAAUGUUCGUUUUGGUCAGUCAGAAUCGGUUUGUUAAAAGAAUAAAUCGGUUUUUUUAAUAGAUGAGUAACACGUAGGACCUGAGCUAGGUAGGGUCACGAUGGCCUUGGACUUGGCGUUUGGGUCAGGAUAAGAAGCCAGUUGGUUCAGAAUCCCCCCAGCAAAGUGAGGGAGGUUUAAGGAUGAGAGGGCAUCCGAGCCAGGGUGACUGGCCAUGUAACUAUGAGCAAUUUGCUCCCCUCUCUGGGCCUCAGUUUCUUCAUUUGUAAAAUGACAUAGCUUGUGUUGGCCAGUUGACUUCUGAUCUUUUUUUUUUUAGAAUACUUACAAAUUGGAGACUGUGAUCCCAAAGCAGAAGGACACUGGUAUGAGAAUUGGCAUGCCUACAGAUUAACUAGCCUGGGCUCUCGCCCUUCUUAAAAAAAUGCUCUUGUUUUCUGUAUCACAGUCAUUUCGGGACAGAUUCUCCUUUCCUUUGCUUCCCCACUGCAAAUGGAAAACUGUUACAAGAAAAACAGUUGAGGAAAAAUAUCUCCCACAUCCACAUUGACCACAUCUGACAAGGUAUACAACAUUCUGCCCCAGCAGUCUCCCACCUAUUCAGAGAAGGGAGACCUGGGUUCUAAUCUGAUAGUGGGAGAUGGGCUCUUGGCCCUGCCCAGCUUAUCUAGUUAUUGGGAGGAAAGCACUGUGGAACAAUCCUGAAAGCCCUAGAGAAGGUGAAGUUGAUUCCAUUAAAGUUUCCACAAUGGAGGCAGCUAGGUGGCUCAGUGGAAGGAGAGGUAGACCUAGAGAUAAAAGGUCCUGGAUUCAAAUUUUACCUCAGACACUAGUUGUGUGAUCCUGGGCAAGUCAUAUUGUUGAGCCCUUACCACACAGUGUUGAUCUUAAGACAGAAGGUAAGGGUUUAAAAAAAAGAAAAAAGUGAAAUGACUUGUCCAAGGUUACACAGCUAUUAAGUAAGAGCUGAGAUUUGCACCAGGACCUCACAACUCCAAAUCCAAAGCUCUCUUAACGGACCAUGCUACCCCCAUGCAGGGUUUUGCUGAGAUCCACUGACCAGGGAAAUACAAGUCUGUGGCACAGUAGAAGGUGUCAUGGCCAGUGGGACAUAUGGUCCUUUUAAUUCCAUUCACUACUUAGACUUCUAUGAUGCUGAGACCAUUGGGAAAAGGUAGGGCAGGGAAAGAUGGAAGUUGGGUUAAACCAUUCCUUGUGUUCCAGGAUGUACUGUUCCCCUUCAGCAGCCUGGGAGAUGCCUCUCAAAGGCACGAUUGAGUGGAAAAUCUGGAAAUAAAGCAGGGCUAAAAUCUCACACAACUGAGGUUCUACUGCAGGUAUUUCUCCAGUGAUGGAGAUGGCCCAUGGUCUCCACCUCAGGUUCUCUUUCUCACCACCCUUUCGUGUCCCUCAGAAAUCUCAUUUCUUCCUUGGGUAUUUCUCGCACUCGGCCAAUGGCCAAAUUUAGCAGACGUGUUGGCCCAAUUCAGCAAUUGGGUGGGGCCUCUGAUACAAGAUAGGAAAAUGAUAUAGAUAAACAGCCCCCCAAAGCCCAGCAGCUCUUUGAUGAUUGGAUACAUGGAUUUCCCCAAAAAACAUGGGCAUUUCCACCCAUAAUUUCAGAAGUGAAAUCAAAUCUCUGCUCCCAUUGCCUCUGGAAAGGGUGGAUUACUGAACUUUGGAGGUUCUACUUGAUUCUUUGUUGGGCACUGAGAUAAAAUUAUUCCUCUGAUGCUCACUGCCUGUGUGAUCUUGGGCAAGUCACUUAAAACUCCUCAGGUCUCCGUUUUCCUCAUCUGCAAAAUCAGACAGUUGUUUUAGAUCAUCUCCAAGGUCACUUCUAACUAAAUUUAUGAUCCUAUAUCCAUAGACAAAUUGCUUCUCUAUCCCUCAGUCCUUGAAGGGAAGGCAAUGAAAAGGAAGAAACAAGCAUUUAUUAAGUCCCUACAAUGUGCCAGAUACUGUGCUGGGCACUUUAGAAAUAUCUCAUUUGAUUUUUGCAACAACCACGGCAAGUAGGUAUGGCGAUGAUCCCCAUUUUACAGAUGAGGAAACAGAAGAGGCUGCGAGGAGCUCUGGGUCACACAGGUAGUAAUAAGUUUCUGAGCUUCCUAAUUCCAGGCUCAAAGCUCUAGCACUGAGCCAUGUAGCUGUGUUAGCAGCAGUGCUGAGAAUAGCUUUUACUUUGUCCCUCCUAGGCCCAAAGGGGUGAUGGAUGACUUGUAAAGCCUGCUUUUAAUGACUGUAACUCGCCUGGGGUGGGGGAUCAUGGGGGAAAAGGUGUGGCAGGGAAUGUGGAGAGAAGUCCCUUUCCCUUGGUCUCCUUUUACAUGAGUGGGACUCAUUCCUGUAUUCUGCUCAGUUGUCUGUUUGUUAUAAAUUGGCCUGGUUUGUAUUUGUCAUAAACAUUGUGUAGCCAACCUGGA